UGGUCCCAGUUCUUACUCCCGCUAGCCGCCGGCUUGGAGUGGAGCUGUAGUCUCUGUCGCGGAGGAGUCUAGACUCGGGUUGAACAUGCCUGUGUUGUGGAUAAUGCGCCAAGCUUCCCGAACAGGGACUCCAGCAUGCUUAAGUCUUACCCGACAUCUCAGCAACACAACCCCAAGAGCUUCCUACAAAUAUGUAAAUCUAAGAGAGGAGCCAACAGACAUGAAAUCCAUUACUGACAAGGCUGCACAGACCGUCCUGUGGACAGAACUUAUCCGAGGCUUGUCUAUGACCUUGAGCUACCUCUUUAGGGAACCUGCUACCAUCAACUAUCCCUUUGAGAAGGGUCCCCUGAGUCCCCGCUUCCGUGGGGAGCAUGCUUUACGCAGAUAUCCAUCUGGAGAGGAGAGGUGCAUUGCCUGUAAGCUUUGUGAGGCUGUUUGCCCUGCUCAGGCAAUCACAAUUGAGGCAGAGCCCCGUGCUGAUGGCAGCCGCAGGACAACUCGCUAUGACAUUGACAUGACCAAGUGCAUCUAUUGUGGAUUCUGCCAAGAAGCUUGUCCCGUUGAUGCCAUUGUGGAGGGACCCAACUUUGAGUUCUCCACGGAAACACAUGAAGAGCUUCUGUACAACAAGGAGAAGCUGCUCAACAAUGGUGACAAGUGGGAAGCUGAGAUUGCUGCUAACAUACAAGCUGACUAUUUGUACCGGUGAUGGAGCACUUACUACAACCCUCACACAUCCUCACCAGCCGAAGCCAAGUCUGCAAUAAAGGGCAUGCACUCAU